GAACACAAAGAAGCAAAUAGGUAAAUAUAUCAUGGCGAGUCUAUUUUCUGUAUUAUGUAGGUUACUAACAAUCAUUCUCAAGUUAGACAGUAUGCGUUAUCGUCCUGAGCUAAAGUCAGAGAAAGAACACAAAGCCUUGUUCAUCUUUGGUGAUUCACUGUUUGACCCUGGAAAUAACGUGUACAUCAACACUAGUAGAGAAGCAUCAACCUACUGGCCCUAUGGAGAAACAUUUUUCAAGCAUCCCACUGGCAGAUACUCAGAUGGACGUGUAGUCCCUGAUUUCAUUGCUACAUUUGCAGGCCUGCCUAUGCUUCCACCAUAUUUGCAACCCGGUUACCAUCGAUUCACUGAUGGAGCAAACUUUGCAUCAGCUGGAGCAUGUGUUCUUUCCCCAGAUACAUUUGACAUUAGUCUUCGCGAUCAACUUGGAUACUUCAAGGAUGUUGUUAAGUCUUUAAACCAAGAACUAGGCAAUAUAAAAGCCAAAAGUGUUUUAAAUAAUGCAGUGUACGUGUUUAGUAUUGGUGGCGGUGAUUAUGCAACACUUGUCCUUCACAACCCCAACAUUACAGAAUCAUACAAGAAAGUUUUCGUUAAGAUGGUAAUUGGAAACUUGACUAACGUUCUCAAGGAGGUGUAUAGUUUAGGUGGUAGGAAAAUUGCGUUUCAAAGCGCAGGACCGUUGGGGUGCGCACCUCAUAAGAGAAUUGAUUACGAUAAUUGUGAUGAAAAUUUGUCGAGCUUGGCAAGACAGCACAACAUAGCUUUAUCUGCAGCACUUGAAGAACUAGAAAAGGAAUUGUCCGGAUUUAGAUAUUCAAUAUUUGAUUAUUAUCAUGCAGUUUUAGACAGAAUAGAUAAUCCAUUCAAAUAUGGUUUUAAAGUUGGCAAGGUAGCAUGCUGUGGUGUUGGACGCUUAAGAGAAAGUGAUUGUGGAGAAAAAUAUGGACGAACGUUUGAACUUUGUAGUAACCCUCUUGAAUAUGUGUGGUUUGAUGGCGAUCACCCAGGAGAAGGAGCAAAUCACCAAUUUGCAAAGUUAAUAUGGAGUGGAUCUCCAAACUUCACUUGGCCUUACAAUGUCCAGCAGUUGUUUGCAUAUUAAAAGUUUGGAAAUACAAUCUGUCCGAUCAGCGGCAAUUCCAUAAUUGCGUUUGAGAGGAUUAGUCUAUAAUUUAGUGAGCUGGAAAUGUUCAUGCCAAUAAAAAAGAUGAAAUUGUGCCCAGGCUUAAUUAAUGUGUUUUGCAUAAUAAAUAAAUUUAUGAUUUGGAAUUCGA